AGGCAGCAUCGAUUGCAGAUGAAUCUGCAGAAUCAGAAGGGAUAAUUGAUUCUAAAAAACGUAGGGAAAUUCUUUCAAGAAGGCCUUCAUACCGAAAAAUUUUGAAUGAACUCUCAUCAGACAUUCCUGCAGUACCGAAGAUUGAAGAAGAGAAGUCAGAAGAUGAAGGAGCGCCUUCUGGAAUUUCUGCAAUGACCAUGCCAAGCAGCCUGUAUCACACUAACACAGGGCAAUACGUUACUAUAAACCAGGAUGGUUUAAUCCAGAUUUCUAAUACAGCCUCUGAUGGUGUCCAUGGACUACAGACACAGACAAAUUCCACAGCUCCUCAAGCAGGUGCCACCGUUGUGCAAUAUGCAGGACAAUCACCUGAUGGCACACAACAGUUUUUUGUUCCUGGAAGCCAAGUUGUUGUUCAAGCUGCCACUGGAGACAUGCCAGCUUACCAGAUUCGAACUCCCACUACUAGCUUACCUCAGGGGGUGGUAAUGGCAGCCUCACCAGGGACCUUGCAUAGCCCUCAGCAACUGGCGGAAGAGGCAACACGCAAGAGAGAGCUGAGACUUAUGAAAAAUAGGGAAGCUGCCAGAGAAUGUCGCAGAAAGAAGAAAGAAUAUGUCAAAUGUCUUGAAAAUCGUGUGGCUGUGCUUGAAAACCAAAACAAGACUCUCAUUGAGGAACUCAAGGCCCUCAAAGAUCUUUAUUGUCAUAAGGCAGAAUAACUGUCUUUCAUUUGGACCUUGUUUGUUAUGAACUUUAAUCAAGGCAUGAGAGGAAGCAAUUCUACAGAUUGCCUUAUGAACUUGAGAAAGAGACACUUGAGGCUCUUGUGGAACCCCAUUUUGCUUAGUGUUUUCAGACUGAUUUGGGAGAUACUCCAAAAUUUGGAUUUCUGUCAUAGUCUCCAUACUCUGCUGAGCUUUCUAAUGGCAUGCAAAUGGUUUUUUUUGUUUGCACUUUUUACGUCUGCUUUUUGCAGGGAAGCUGCUAAAGAAUGUCGACGUCGGAAGAAAGAAUACAUAAAAUGUCUGGAGAGUCGUGUUGCAGUGCUAGAACGUCAGAACAAGAAACUUACAGAGGAGCUUGAAACCCUAAAACAAAUUUGCUAUUCCAAAACAAAUAGUAAAAAUAUUUAUUAUACUGUGAACUGAUUAAAAUAUGCUUUAUAAGGCAAUACAUAGGCAACAUGAAUUAUGGCUUUCACUUUGUGUCAUUUAUAUUAUACUUCUAACAUUCCUGAAAUGCUUUCCUGCUUUUUGUCAAUUCAUGGCUCUAAUUUCAGGUUUUUCGUGCUCCUCCAUUCCAUCUCCCAACAAGCCAAAUAUUAAAAAAGUAACAAAGCAAAAGAGCGCAUAAUUUCUAAGA